AGACCACCUCUGUAAUAGCGUGCCCUUAAACCAAUUUACCCAUUUUCCUCAGCAAAGCCAAUAUCAUCCAUAUUUAUAUUCUUUAAUUUUAAUUUUAUUCAUUUUCUUGAGGAAUACUAAUUAAUCAAUACGAAAGUUAGUACUAGUUGGUUCAUGAAUAUGUCAGCAAAUAUCCUGGAAAUCUCUGAAAUAAAGGACCCGCAAAAGGUUUUGCAAGUCUUUGAGGGGCAAGAAUCUACUGCCAAGCUGGAUAAAUAUGGAGAUCUUGUAUGGGAUGUGUACCAAAAAGUAUUUGUUGCUGCUCUCAUUUUGAAAGAAGACACCCUUGCAAAGAAAUGCUGGAACCGCCUAAACGACCGAUUUAAUAAAUCUCCUAGAGUGGACGGACUCUACGGAAUGUAUUUGGAAGCUACUUCUACUUUUGAGGAUGCAUUGGAUUAUUAUAAUCAAAAGCUUUUUGAAGAUUCAACGAAUACGAUCAUCCAUAAACGAAAGCUAUCGCUAUUACGUUCGGUGGGAAAAUUAAAGGAAUGCAUAAACGGAUUAAUAGAAUAUGUAGAUACCUUCUACAACGACAUUGAGGCAUGGGCCGAAUUGGCCGAUCUAUAUUUUUCUGUAGAAGCGUAUGAAAAAUCUGCUUUUUGUUAUGAAGAAAUGCUUCUUUUGCAACCUUUUGAGCCUCGGAUUUUUGCAAAGCUUGCGGACUUGCAUUAUGUGAUGAGUAGGAGCAAUCCCAUACACCUAUGGAUUUCCCUCAAGCAUUAUUGUCGUGCUGUGGAAAUUUGUGAAGCAUACUUCCAUGCCUGGUACGGCAUCAGACAGUGUUGUGAAGCAAUUAAUAAGAUGUCUAAAAGUGAGUUAAAGCGUAUUCAAUCUCGGGUAUCUGAGGAAACACUUAAAAUUUUAGCAGAUGAUAGCAAAGUUGAGGGACUAUUACAGCUUUCGGGAAAAAUGGUUUCAAAGUUUACUAGCCAAGACCAGAAAUUACAAAAGCUAUUAUCUGCUUAAUUGUUUCUUGAGGGUACUGACAAUAUUUAAUUUUGGACAUUAUAACUAGAUGCUCAAUUGAAUUCCAUUCAGCGUCUCAAUCAGCAACACUCACAUUUCCUUUGGAUCUUGAGUAAUGAGAAACAAUGAAUCAGGCAUCAUGUAUAUCAUAAAAGAGACUCUGGUUAUCAAAGAGUGCAAGUAUAUAGAUUUAUUGUUCCUUUAGAGACCUUUCUUGAAAGUACUGUUCCAUCACGAGGUAAGCAUUUUUAAGUCAAUAAAUUUUAAACUUUCCAAA